AUGGAAUAUUUUAAGUUGACUGUAGCCGUUUCCUAUCGAUACAGACUAAUUGUGAGGCCUUGUGGGGGAACGAGAGAACAAGUCAAAAUUUGCCCACUUGCCCACUUGCCUGAUAGAGCCCUUGAUACUGUGGUUGGCUUCAGGACCGGAAAAGUGCAUGAGAAAGCAAAUUUCGCUUCGGUUGUGCCAUUCGCGUCUCACGGCUGGGCUGCACCAGAACGCACUUCUGAAACGAGUAUAUUUAUGACCACACUUCUCGUGAACCUGUUUUUGCUUAGCAUCCAAAUCUUCAAUGUCUUCUGGAAGCCUCUUGUGUUCCAUACGAACAGGUUCUCAUACUUGGGGCUAGCCAACAACUCUCGCCACAAUCAAGCCAAUCGGCCACCAGUUCUCGGUCAUGGCUCCUCGUUGAGAAAAAUACCACCAUUUCGCGUCAGAGGAUAUGCUGUGGCAUGUGGUGCAAAUAGGUAUACACCACAUGGUGUGGGUGACUUCCGUCCAGCUAGCCUCGAGCCUUACCUUGUCCCUGUGUAUCCGGUGAAAACGGAACCCCAGGAUUUCAAGAUCAAGGCGGAAGCUUACCUGGACCUUCCUUUGAUAAUUUUUGCAAAGCACUAUAUCCUUCUCUUUUGGCUAGUUGCUUGCCAUCACCCAGUUUGCGUUCAAUAUUGGUUGAAUUGUUUGCUUCUUUGUGGCAUCGAUGUUCCUCCAUCGCAAGGCCCGAGCCGGGGAACACCAUGGAAAGUUGAAGAAAAUAUGAUGUUUGUCAAGGCUACUGCUGUGAUUUGCUGCCGUACUAGCAAGAGGCAUCUAGGUCGUUGGGCGAGACAUGGAAGAGAGCAAAGUUGCCCAGCUGGGACUAUCUACGAGCCUGCUGUGCAGCUCGGGGGCAUGGUGCACCCUGGAAGGGUGGGCUCCAACGAUCUUGUGACUGUCCUCGUGGUGUUCACCGAUCGAACCCCAUGGAGGCAAUGUCAGAUGCAUAAGGAGAGUAGGGUGUUCUUCGAAACCUGCGAUGGUUUCUGUUGCAGCAUGAGUCUUGUCAGCCACUGGGCCAGUGCUCGUUGCCUCGCACUUGGGGGUCUUCACCCUAUACGGGCACAAAGAGGAGGUGAAACGGAUAAUGAUCUAGGACGCUUCCUGCAUGUUGCACUGCGGCGUACGGUCCAGACAGAAAUCUCAUCGUCGCAAGGCGGAUGCGGCACAGACACUACGGCGACAGGAAACGGUGUCGUGGUGAGUCGGGCAGUGUUUGCGCCGUGGCCUCAACAUGGAAGUCCUGUCUCUGUCAGUUUGUUUGAGUGUGUGUGGUGCGCAUAUGUCCCUGCGCUGUGUAUGACAUCACACGAUUUGAAACUCUACCUCGAAACUGGGAACCACCUGGCCAGCCUCGCGCCUGCUUGCAUCUCUAUUUUCUCCCAUCUAUCCGCCGUUUCUCGCCCUCUAGUACGAAGCCCAAAGCCUCCAGUAAUCGAGUGUGCCAUCGGCAACCAGUGCGAUCUACCGCGCCCCUCUGACCU